UUCCCAUCCCUAAAUCGAUCGAUCGAUUUUGAUUCAUCAGAUUCAUCAUCAGCAGGUAGAACAAAGAAAGAAAGAAAGAUCCAAUCAAUCAUGGUGAGAGGCAAAACCCAGUUGAGGAGGAUCGAAAACGCUACCAGCCGCCAAGUUACCUUCUCCAAGAGAAGAAAUGGUCUUCUCAAAAAGGCCUUUGAACUCUCUGUACUUUGCGAUGCUGAAGUCGCACUCAUUAUCUUCUCUCCCAAAGGAAAACUAGACGAAUUCUCCAGCUCCAGCAUGCAGGAGACAAUAGAGCGAUAUCGGGCGUAUAAGAAAGAUGUUGAAGCCGAUAAAUGCAUAGUCGAGCAAAAUCUUCAGCACUUGAAGAAUGAAGCAGCAACUAUGGCAAAGAAGAUUGAGGUUCUUGAAUUUUCAAAGAGGAAAUUUCUCGGAGAAAACCUCGGAACUUGUUCCAUUGAAGAGCUGCAACGCCUUGAACGCCAGUUGGAGCUAAGUGUAACCGGCAUUCGUGCUAAAAAGAUGCAGGUUUUCAUGGAAAGGAUCGACCGGCUGAAAGAAAAGGAACAAAUACUACAAGCUGAGAAUGCAACAUUGCGCGACAAAUGUGGUGUAGAAAAUCCGCAACAGGAAUCAUCGGAUAAAGGCGAGGAAGGAGGGAAAUACGACGAGAAUGAUGUUGAGACGGAGCUAUUCAUCGGACUUAACCGAGAGACAAGAACCAGGCGAGUCACUCACGACCUAUAUAAUAAUAAUAAUUAGUAAUUAUGAAAAGACAUAAAUGCCCUCCUUGUGCAAAACUGCAUGCAUGCUACUUAGUUCUGUUUGUUUGUAUACAUGCUUCUUCUAUCUAUCUAGCUAUAUAUAAUAUAUAUAAUCAUAUAUAUGUCCAAGGAUGAAUGAAUGAAUUUUCUAGUUGUAAUUAAUUAUGUGACAACGUACUUAUAAUGUUUUAUGAACAUUUCAGUUCAGUUCA